AAUUUUUUCUGCACGGUUUCGUCUCUCAGAAGUUAGAACAGGGGCGUGCAAUGCCCUGUUGAAUUUCACGAAGCAGGUCUAAGUUCAAGUUCACGUCAUUUUUGAAUUCCGCCAUAAUGCCUCGCAACCGAGACGAGCCUCCCGCCGUUCGUGUCUAUACCGUCUGCGACGAAUCAAGAUACUUGGUAGUGAGGAACGUUCCAGCAUUAGGAUGCGGCGAUGAGUUGUUGAAAUUGUUCUCAUCGUAUGGAGACGUUGAAGAGUGUAAACCAAUGGACGCAGAGGACUGUGAGCCAUUCACUGAUGUUUACUGGAUCAAAUUUCAUAAGGUCAGCAAUGCCAGGUUCGCAAAAAGGAAAUUGGAUGAGUAUGUUUUCCUUGGUAACCAACUGCAAGUUUUAUAUGCUCCUCAUUUUGAGAGCCUGUCUGACACAAAGGAGAAGUUAGAAUGCAGGAGAACAGAAGUUUUGCCACGAUUGAACCCUGGAAGAUCCCAAAGUUCAACAGUUCAUAUCCAAGGUACUGCGAUUGAGCCUUCAUGGGUUGCAGCUCCCUCACAAAUAAAUUCUGUUUCCCAACAGCUAAACUCUGACCAAAGAUGGAACUCUGGUGAAUUUGAACAUGUUUCUCAUGCCAAAGAUUCUUUGAUGACAACAGUUUCUUCUGACAGGGAUUAUUUUCCAUCCCAAUCAAUGAAUCAGACAGUUCAGUUGGUUCGGGAGAGGCUUGAUAAGAUACAUUCCAGUAGCAAGUGUUUAGAGACCGAGCCUGCCUCGAAGAAAACACGGGUGGACAAUAGAAGAAGAAUAUGAUGGAGUUCAGAAAAGGAGAAAAACAUCUGGAUUCGAGAGUGCCUUUGGUUCCAAUCCCCAUUGAUUAUUUUUGUCCUUGACUGGUGCUGCUGCCUCCCUCAGAUGGAUGGCUUUUACAAGUUCCAUCACAUUACUUCCUGUGUUAAUUACACUAGAAAGAUAAACCCUAAUUUAUAAUGUUUGGGGUUUUUCCCUAAAUCCUUUUGCAUUUUAAAUUUUAUAUUCAUGUAUGAUGUAAAUGUUUCUCUUAGGACGUACAAUUUUUUCUUUGUAACAUGUAUAAUGUCAAUAAAUGUUUUAUAUACUUCCAA